AUGAACCACUCUAUCCUUCUCAUCAUCCUACUGGUCGUGAGAGUGCAAGCUGAGCUUGUUGAUCUGAGUCACAUUUUGGAUGAGAACGCGAGGAAUUGGCCGGUAGAAGGCUACACUCCUUUCAAACACUCUGUCCUGGCUCUCUAUGACCAAGAUGGUGCGUUUUACACCUCGAAAGACAUAGAGAUGACAGAGCACUUAGGGACUCACAUGGACGCUCCCUACCACUUUGGUAAAACAGCCUGGGACCUCGCCUCCAUACCGAUAGAGAAUUUCGUGGUACCUGUCGUUAAGGUAAACGUGAAGGAGAAAAGUGCUAAAAAUAGGGACUACAUGCUGACGGUACAGGAUCUCCAGGAUUGGGAAGAGAAGCACGGCGCGGUGCCAGAUAAUGCUGUCGUGCUCAUGGAGACAGGGUGGGGAGAUAAGUACACAGAUACGGAGGCUUACUUUGGAACUGCAAUGGACCAAAAGGCAGACAAUUUUGACUAUGAUGCGUGGGUAGCGGAGAUCCACUUCCCCGGCUUCAGCGCAGAGCUGGCCACAAAGCUCCUUACUGAUUACAAGAUUACAGGGGUUGGUAUUGAUACAGCAUCCAUUGAUGCUGGAGUAUCUGGGGCGUUCCCGGUACAUAACACCUUGGAAGCAAACAAUAAAUACGGACUAGAAAAUCUGUGCUGUUUGGAUAAAGUGCCAGAGAGCGGAGCGACACUGAUAGCGAUCCCUCCCAAAAUGACUGGCGGGUCGGGAUUCACCAUCAGAGUUUUAGUGGACACGGACUCCAGCUAUGCUUACAAACAGAGCGGCAGGAUGAGCGGCGCCGGCACUCAGAAUUUGAAUGUUUGCGGAUUCUUGGCAUUGUUUUAUUUCAUCUUAUAUGUCCAGUAAUUAACCCACUCGUUUUUAGAGAUGUUUCUCCCUAUACUGUUGCUAAUUUUUAAGUGACGAUUUUAUUUUAUUUUGGUAAGUACAUGUA